AUGGCUGAAAGGCUGGGGUGCUCUAUGUUCCUGACCGUCGACCUUGCUGACGCUGCGGAAUCAGCCACUGCGCCACAGGAGGGGAAUCUCAUCAAGGAACGUUGCUUCGGAUGCAACGGUGACAUGAGCUGUUUCGUGCAGGAAUUACACUUUCUUAUGUGUCUUGCUGAGACCAGGACAUUUAAGGCUUUCAACUACGAACUGAUUCAUUUUCUACCUCAAACGUGGUACUGUAAUUUCAAAGAACACCUAUACAAUUAUAUAAUUCUUCGAUACAAAGAAACUGUGAAUGGGAAGUCAAACCUCCCUCACGAACUUGACGAAGUUUAUAAACUGGCUAAUUUACCAGGCGCUGUACGUGAAGAAAUAUACAAAGAAGUCAGCCAAGAAGCAGUUGGGACUGAGGUGGGACCAUUGCAAACUGCACCAAGAGGUGGUGCCAGCAAUGGUCCCAGUAUGCAACUGCAUUCAAACGUUUAUAGAUCGGCAUAUGCGGUUAACGAGGAGCCACCGACCGAGUCGGAGGUCCUGGUCUGUAUUCAAAAGAUGAAGGAUGGAAAAUCUGAUGGAGACGACGGGAUUAGCGCAGAAAUGCUAAAAUAUCUUCCUCCAUCUGGGAUUCAUGAGAUGACAAAGAUCAUCCGUUCGAUCUGGAUAGACGAAAGGAUACCUGACUCCUGGAAACACGCUGUCAUAAUUCCCUUCCACAAAAAGUUAUUUGCCACUGACCCUAGGAAUUACCGAGGAAUCUCUUUGACGCGUGUUAUGUACAAAGUAUUGGAGAUCAUUAUCUUGGACCGACUCAUAAAACAUCGGGAAGAAACAACGCGCGACGAGCAAGCUGGUUUCCGUCCUGGUCGACCUACGAUUGACCAGGUGUUCAUCGUCAGAAGAGUGAUCGACAUUUGGCAGCGGUAUUCGAAGCCAAUGCAAGUUGCGUUUCUGAACUUUGAAGCCGCGUUCGACUCUUCUCACCGAGGCCGUCUUCUCAACGCGCUCCGCGCCAAUGGAGUACCAGGAAAUAAGACAAGGGGCAGUGGCAGGACCUUCCUGUUCAAUUUCGCCAUCGACGACAUCAGGCGAAAAACAGUCGACCAGUGUUCUGCCGAUAUUGUCUUAGCUCCAUCAGGGUGCCCCUUGACUGAUCUCGAGCACGCCGACGAUGUUGUUAUAUUCGCGGGAUGCAGUACGAAACUUCAACAUGUUGUCAACCUUGUAUCGAAGCUGGCUGCGACCUAUGGACUACGUCUACGCCCUGAUAAAUGCAAGCAGAUGUGGAUCUCUUCGAGACCUCGAACGGGAAUCAGAGUGGACGGGCAACCGAUAGAACUCGUCAAUGAGUUCUGUUACCUGGGCUGUACGCUAAAGAAUAGCGGCAGCUGCGAGAGAAAUGUUCAGCAAAGAUGCACAAGGGCCACUUCUGCAUUUAACUCCUUAACGAAAUGCCUGUGGUCGAACUCUAUCACCAAUGAAGUCAAGGUGCGAGUCUACCUAUCCGCAAUUCGCCCCAUCAUAAUGUACGGAUCAGAGACUUGGGUAGCACCGUCAACGUUUAUGGAGAGGCUUGAUUGCACAGAACGAAAGCUGUUUGGACGGCUACUGGGCUACAUUUGGCCUAGGGUAUGCCACAAUGAAGAUCUUUACGCAGAAAUUGAUGUGGUAUGCCGGCGGAUGACACGUGGAAGAUGCCAACAUCUUGCAUCUAUAUUAAGGAGACCAGCAGAUCGACCUGCUCAACGAGUUCGGAGGAGUUUUCCGGGUUCGAGAUCUGUGUUCAAGGGCGUCACACCUCGGCGAAGAUGCGGGUAA